GCGGGGAGGUGGCGGGAAGUUGACUCAUCGUCUGCCUGUUCAGUUGUCAAACGAACUCGCCGGAGUGUAUCCAUAGUCUCUCGUUUACACUAGUUUUAUCCCGCGUGUUUACCAGACACAACACAUCAUGACGGCACCAGAAUCAGGUAUUGACUUAGGCUUCGAUAUAGUGGAGGUGGAUUUCGAGGACUUCGAUACCAUACUGAGGGAUGGCAGCGACGAUAAUGGCUUUUACACGCUCAAGUCGAAGCCUCCCAUCUCGUCGAGUCCUCCAUCGAACGUGAAGGUGCUGCCUACCACCUCCCGGACACAGCUCAAACAACAGCUGAUGCGCCAACAGCAGCAGCAACAGGAGGCCAGAGACAGGGACGUUGCUGCAUCUCGACUACACCACCAUCACCAACUGCAACACAACAACAACAACAACAACAACAUCAACAUCAAAUACAACAACAGCAACAACAACAACAGCAUAAUCUCCAGCAUCAGCAACAACAACAGCUGA